AUGGAUUCUUCUGGGGUAAAAUUUUCCGGAGGUAAACUAGUCCCCCGUUCGGACCUCCGGGUGGGGACUACCUCGGGGAACUCAUGUCGUAUAAAGUCAAAAAACGGGAGAGAUAUCAAAGUGGGUACGUGGAACGUCCGAAGUCUUUACAGACCUGGGGCGUUUCAAUCGAUGGUCGGGGAGGUCGAAAAGUACGGGGUAGAAGUUGUCGCGUUGCAAGAAACAAGAUGGGCCGGGGAGGGUUCGCUUAAUGCGGGUUCGUACACGCUUCACUAUGGAGGGUCGGAGAUCCAUAGUCUUGGCAUCGGUUUUAUGAUUAAUAGGAAAAUCUUAUCCGCGGUAAAAGACAUUAAAUUUAUAAACGAAAGAUUAGGAUUGCUCGUUGUGCAGGGCCGAUGGUACAAGAUCGCGAUAAUCAACGUACACGCGCCGACGGAAGAUAAAGAUGGCGAAAUUAAAGACGGGUUCUACGAAGAACUCGAACACCUCGUGGAUCAAUUACCGAACGAUUACAUGAAAAUAGUCGUGGGAGAUUUUAACGCGAAAAUCGGUAAAGAGGACAUUUUUAGACCAACGAUCGGGCUCGAAAGUUUGCACGAGGAAAGUAACGAUAACGGAGUGAGGGUAAUUAACUUUGCGACCGGCAAAAAUCUUAUCGUCAAAAGCACGUAUUUUAAACACAAAAAUAUCCAUAAACAAACUUGGAUUUCCCCGGAUGGAGGCACGCGUAACCAAAUUGAUCACGUUCUUGCAGAUAAACGGCGUCACACGAACGUACUCGAUGUCAGGUCUUAUAGGGGGGCGGAUUGCGACUCGGAUCACCUCUUUGUAAUUGCCAAAAUCAGGGAACGUCUUUCGCUAAACAAAACUAACGGGCAGUUGUUUGGAACUAAACGUCUAAAUGUACAAGGUUUGAUCGAGGGAGAAAACGGAAUAAAAUACGCGGUCGAAGUAACGAAUAGACUCGCGGCUUCAAAGGAAAUAGAUGAAUCGGAUGAUAACACGGUUGAUAAACACUGGGAAAACGUACGAGACGCGAUAGUAAAAUCGGCGGAGGCCACGGUUGGUUUUUGUAAAAGGAACAAAAACAAGCCGUGGUUUGACGAAGAAUGCGUAAAAAUUGUUAAAGUACGAAACGAAGCGCGCAUCACGUGGUUGGCUCAAAAUACGAAGGAAACUCGGGAUCAGUUUCUUAAGAUUAGGCAAGAGGCUCAUAAUAUGUUUAAAAUUAAGAAGCGUCAAUACUUAAAACGUAAAAUUGAAGAAAUAGAUGAAAAUUGUAAAAGCAGUAACGUACGAGGCACGUACAUGGGGAUAAAUAAUUUUAGAAAGGGAUUCCAAGCUAGGACGGAAAUGGUGAAAGAUGAGAACGAUAAUUUAGUUACGGAUACAACGGCAGUUUUAAACACAUGGAAAAAUUAUUUUGAUCGGUUAUUGAAUGUCGAAUCUGAAAACGACCGGGAAAUAGAGAAUUUUGAGUAUCACACGGCUGAACCUAGGAUUAACGAACCGACAAUUUCAGAAGUAGAAAGCGCGAUUAAAAAAUUAAAAAAUCACAAAGCACCGGGUAAUGACUUGAUUCCGGCGGAACUGAUUAAAUGGGGGGGAAGUAGAUUGAUAGAAGAAAUUCAGAAAUUAAUUAUCUUAAUAUGGAAUAAAGAAGCAUUGCCGGAACAAUGGAAAGAUUAUGAUAAUGAUGGUGAUGGUCUUUGGAUGGAUAAUUUAAGGCUUCAAUUAACACCGUCGUCUAAAAAACAAGGUACAAAAGAAUCGAAUGUUACGUUAAAUUCCAAUUAUACGUCACACGAAUUAUCGUACGAACGUUCGCACGUUUCCUCAGUCGAAGACGUUUAUGAACCACUGUACAACGCAAUGAACCACUGUAAACAGAAAAGGCGAUCAAUUAUGUUUAGCGUAUAUCUCAGCGAGAACGGCACGAUGUUCGGUGACAUAUAUAUCGAUGUAGACACGAAUGACUUUGUGAUCGUAAAUGGAGUAAAGUACAAAGAUACACCUGGUUUACAUAAAACGGAUAAUCCAAUAGUGGGCAGCAAAGGAUACAAAUAUAAGAGUAUAGUAGCACACUUGAUGUCAGGUAAAAUACAAGUUGGAACGGGUAUGCCACGCGUCAGGAAACUAAACAACAAGUUAAGUAAAAGAAUCGAAAAAAAUCUGUUUAUUGUCAUCUACCGAAGUUCUUUAUGGAUCUGCGAACCGUGCCGUAAAACGCCGGCACAACAAAUUGGUAGCAACAGUGGGAUCCACAUAGCUGAUCCAGGACCUGGGAGCGGCGACGACAGUAGCAAUAGCCAGUAA